GUCGAACGAUAACUUUCAUCUGUGUGCAAUCAGCAAAUUUCUGAUUUUCUGUUUACAAUGGUGGGCUCCAAUUUUGGCAUAAUUUACCAUAACUCCGCUGGUAGCGGCAAUCAGGGCAACCAUGGACAGUCCUCCGGAGCUGCCGGUGCAGGAGGAGAUCGGGAGAGGAACACACCGGCCUCGCAUCUUAGCGACUUCAUGUCGCAGCUGGAGGAUUACACUCCGUUGAUUCCGGAUGCGGUGACCUCGCACUAUCUUAAUAUGGGCGGAUUCCAGUCGGAUGACAAGCGCAUCGUUCGGCUGAUCAGCCUCGCCGCCCAGAAGUACAUGUCCGACAUCAUCGACGAUGCACUGCAGCACUCCAAGGCACGAACCCAUAUGCAGACCACCAAUACUCCAGGGGGCUCCAAGGCCAAGGAUCGCAAGUUCACCCUGACCAUGGAGGAUCUGCAGCCGGCUUUGGCCGACUACGGCAUAAAUGUCAGGAAAAUGGACUAUAGUCAGUAGAUAGAGGCUUACUUAUGCCGUAUGUUAGUAGUAGUAACUUUUUUCUCAAAGAUGUUAACCCAUCCACGAUUUUGUAGUUCUAUAUCCUAUGUAUAACCAGUAAAUAUAUGAUACCGUCAGCUACGUUUGUAACCAAAUGUUGAUGAAAUCGGAAAUAAAUACCUUUUAAUCCCUUCAAUAA